UGGUGUGUACGUGUGGGUGUGUGUGUGUGUGCUCGUCGCGCGUGUGUCCGUGCGUGGUGCCUGUGUGGCGGGCUUUCGCGCCCUGGGAUUCGACGUACCUCGAUGACGACGAUGCCCAAUGGUUGACCGUGCAUCAAACUGUGCUCCACGGGGACGCUCCACGCGCCGCGGUUGUCAUUGUUAUUGUCAUGCUCGCGAGUACGAUUGCGGCACGGUGAACUUGUUACGAGGCCUCGCCGUCGAUAGGCUAGAGGCGGCAGCAGCGGCCGCACCACCACCACCACCACCACCACCACCGCCACCAGCACCAGCACCAGCAGCAGCAGCAGCAACGGCGACAGCGGCAGCAGCAGCGGAGCUGCCGACGACGGUGACGGCGGAAGCGGCGUUCUAGUGGCGCGCUGCGGUGAUAAAGAGUUCGAGAGCGCGAGUGAGCGAACGGGCGUGUGUGUGCGAGCAAGCGAAGGAGAAGAGGCGCGCGGCCGACGAGUUCCCCGCUGUUGUGCGGUGCCGCUACUACGACGUACGAACGCGUAACAACGCGCGCACGUUGGCCACGAUCGGCGAUACGCUGCCACCGCUCCGCUGCUCGUGAUCGGCAACGGAGAUUCGUGAGAGGUUAUACGGAGGAAAGAUAACAGCCGCCAUCGAGGAGCAGCCAUGGCCGACCACCUGGUCGACGGCCCGCCGAACAAACGGCCGAAGCUCGGGGAUCCCUUCCAGGGACCCUCGGACUCGUCAGUGGGUAUGGCGCCUUUAAUGAUGCACCAUGCUUAUACGAACUACGGGGGAGGUGGAAGUGGUAACAUUCAACAAAUACAUGGCCAACCGCAGCAGCUACAUCUGCAACAGCAUCAGAUGCAGCAACAUUGGAACAACAUUACCGUCCGGAAAGGAAAUUACAUAACAAACACAGAUAUGUAUGAUAUUGAAAAUGAUCUUCCUGAUGACCUGCUGUCGUCGGGAUCUUGGGGCUCUGCGACCGAAAGUACUAAGCCACCGGCGACUGGCCCGGGUCCGGGGCAGCAGAACGGUGCUCUCGACUCAGAACUUAGGCAACAUGUACAGCAACAGCAACAGCAGCAACUUUCUCAUCAUAUUAUCCAGCAACAAGGCAACAAAAAUCUGGUUGCGAACUCGUUAGUAAUGACUGCUGGACCGUUGGGCAGCAAAAGUCCAAACAUGCAAUCGCCGCCGAACGUUUCUGUUUCCAAAGGCGUAGUCGACCCGCAGAUGGUCGUCAGUCUUGGGAACUUACCGAGCAGCAUAGCCAGUUCAUUGGCUAACAAUCAAAUGUCUAUCGCGAAUUCGAUGGGUGGUCUGCAGUCGUCCAUGAGCAUGGCCGGUAGUAACCCCGCGAUGUCCAUGCCGGGAGGCAUGAAUUCUGGCUUAGUGAUGACUAGCACAGCGAGUGGCAACAACAAUAUGGGAGGAAUGGCCGGGGGAGGCUUGAUAGUAACCAACAGUUUGAACAAACAACCUCAGAAUACAGUAACCAUGAUGGGACCCAAUACUCAAGCGAUACAUCAUCCUAGCGGACCUCACGGGGUCACACAGAUGCAGAACGGUCCCGGGAUGCUGAACACAAGGGCUGUGGCGAUGCAACAGCAACAGCAGGCGGCUGCGGCGGCUCACAUGGUCGGCCCGACGAGAGGUCAGAGUCCUCACCAACAGGUACAUCAAGUUGGUAUAGUCGGCCCCGGUCAAGGUGGUCCCAGGAUGCAAGCUCCACCUAACAUAACAAACAUGCCCAACAUGGGUCAAAUAGGAGCAUCCAGUCCCUACGGUUACGGUUCGCCAAAUAACGGACCAGGGCCAGGAGUAACUGUAUGCGCCAAUAAUCCCGUAGGUGUUGUCAAACCGCAGCAGAAGGGUGUGGGCACGAACAUGACUGCCAUGCAGGCCGCCGGUAGAUUUACCGGGACUGCCGGUCCCAUCGGUACCACCAAUAUCGUUGGUGGCAGCCAGGAAAGUACUAUGACACCACAGGCACAGCCGCCCGCGCCGAGUCCAGCUCAGCCUCAGUCGGGAGCGCCGAGUGGUGGUCAACCGGGUCCUCAACAAGCUACUCAGGGACAAAUGACUGCCACUGGUGCUGCUACAGUUGGCGCUGCGAAAUCAACGCCCGACCCAGAGAAAUGUAGACUCAUCCAGCAGCAAUUGGUUCUCCUUCUGCACGCACACAAGUGUCAGCGACGCGAAAGUCAAGCAAACGGCGAAAUAAGGCAGUGCACCUUGCCAGACUGCAAAACGAUGAAAAACGUCCUGAACCACAUGACGAGUUGCAAUUCCGGCAAAAGUUGCACAGUACCACACUGUAGCAUGUCCAGACAGAUCAUAAGUCAUUGGAGACAUUGCGCACGGACCGAUUGCCCGGUCUGUUUGCCGAUUAAGCAGGCGAAUAAAAACAGGACUAAUUCCACCGCAGCUCCCGCAGCUCAACAAAACAGUCAACCAAAUCCGAGCCCGUCGGAGAUGAGAAGAGCUUACGACGCUCUAGGGAUUCAAUGUCCAACAACAACACCGGGACUGCUGCCUGGUCAAGGCGUUGGCAGAGGUGUUAGGAUGCCAACGCCUGGCAUGGCAGGACCACCGGGGACAUUGAGUAAUGUUAGAUUGACGCAACCUCAAACGCAAACUGCACCGGGACAGUCCGUAGUUGGUACUGGACAACAAGUAGUUGCUCCAAACGUAUCUCUUCCUUUAAAUUCUGAUCCUAGUACAGUCGGGGUUGCUGGUAAUCAAACGGCGCCGACGACUGGACCCACGUCCGCUGCUGCGGCCGCUGCCGCUAACAUACAACAGUCGGUCAAUAUGCAACAGCUAUUUGCAGGCUUGAACGAGGCUGGGCAGCCUGGUGUGAUAGGGGAAAGCAGAUUGGCUAAUCUACAACUGCCGGGUGGUCUACAGCCGGGUCAAGUAACGGCGACACCGGUGCAAGGAACGAAAGAGUGGCAUCAGUCAGUAACUCCGGACCUCAGGAAUCAUCUCGUACAUAAACUGGUUCAAGCAAUAUUCCCAACUCCCGAUCCGCAAGCUAUGCUUGACAAACGAAUGCACAACUUGGUCGCGUACGCGAGGAAGGUCGAAGGUGAUAUGUAUGAAAUGGCCAACUCGAGAUCAGAGUACUAUCAUCUGUUAGCUGAGAAGAUUUAUAAAAUACAAAAGGAACUUGAGGAGAAGCGACAGAAGCGAAAGGAACAGCAGCAGCAAUUGCAAGCACAACAGCAGCAGCAGCAACCGCAACCGGCGGGUACAUCCGGUCCCGGCUUGAGGCCAUGCGCUCCUCCUAAUGUGGGAGCCGUUCUACCUGCGAAACCAGUCGGUACGGUACCACCUACUGUACGAAGUCACUCACCAGGCAUGAGUCAAUUGGCAGCGUUACCCGGGAUGGCGAUCCAACACAAUCGGAUGCAAUUCCCUCAGCAGCAACAGGCGCAACAGCAACCGCAGCAGCCCCAGCAGCCCCAACAAGUCCAAGCUCAACAACAGAUACAGCAGCAACAGCAACAACCACAGCAGCAAGGAAUCUUGGUUGGUCCCCCGGGUCCUAGUCCAAACGGACAAUCGACGUCCAACGCGAAUAUGGUGCCCAAUCCCGGGCUCAGUCCCUUUGGACAGCCUCAGAUGUCACAGACUAACUUAACAACCACCACCGCCGCGUCCGCGACAACUAGUCAAUUUCCAACGUCUAAUGGCACUUCCGGUCUACCCAAUAGUUCUCCCAUUCAGAAUCAGCAUCAGUUUCCCGACCUCAUGAAAGUUAGAUUGGCUCAGGCUCAAGCUCAGGCCGCGCAACAGCAGCAGCAACAACAACAGCAGCAGCAGCAGCAACAGCAAGCGGCUCAACAGCAACAGCAAGCGGCUCAGCAGCAACAGCAACAGCAGCAGCAGCAGCAGCCAACAAGUACUUCGAGUCAGAACACGCCAGCGACGUCGAUACCGCAAACACCGUCGCCCUUCAGUAGUAUGCAACAGCAGCAGCCACAACAACAGAGCACGUCGCAGCAACCGCAGAGUCAGCAGUUCGCCAACAACCGGCCAUUAUCAGCUACGCCCAGCGACAAUGCUAUCGCCACGUCGACGCCGCAGACGAUACCUCCUCCUGCCUCUAGCGGGCCGAGUCCGGGGUCCGCGACGACCACCACCAACGGACCUCAGUCCACCACUUCCACGCCGAACACUCCGUUAGUCUCAUCACUCAUGACUCCGAAUCAGACGGUCCCCUCCGCUAACCAAACGCCGCCGCAUCCAGGUACGACACCGUCGCCAGCGGGUCUCGCAAGUCUGGGCAAAGGUAUGACCUCGCAGGAGAGAGCAGCGUUGAACGCACCGAGAAGCACGUCCAUGUCUUCGCAGAUGGCUGCCAUCACGGCGGCCGUGAUGGACAAUAAUUCGCCUAGUCCACCGAUGAACAACAACAAAGGCAAGCUGGACACCAUUAAGGAAGAGAAAGAUAUUAAAAUGGAAAUCAAACAAGAGGACAGUGCCGAGAACCAUCGAAUGGAUUGCGGUAAGAGCGUAAAUAAUGAGAUCACUAUCAAGACCGAGCCGAAAACCGAGCCGAUGGAGGAAGACUCGAAUGAAACGACGGUGAAAGAAGAGCCUGCCAGCAUAAAGGAGGAGAGCAUGACUCCCAUGUCCGGUCAGGACACGAGUACCACCGACAUCAAGCCAAUGGUGCCGGAGCCGAUACAGCCUAGCGGCACGUCGACCGACAAGAAGAAGUGCUUGUUCAAACCUGACGAGCUACGUCAGGCGUUGAUGCCGACCCUCGAGAAGCUGUAUCGGCAAGAUCCGGAAUCCAUACCGUUCCGGCAGCCAGUAGAUCCUCAAGCCCUGGGUAUACCGGACUAUCCCACUAUCGUGAAGAAGCCCAUGGAUCUGUCGACCAUCAAGAAGAAAUUGGACACUGAGAAGUACAGCGAUCCGUGGGAGUACGUGGAUGACGUCUGGAUGAUGUUCGACAAUGCUUGGCUCUACAACCGCAAGACAUCUCGCGUCUACAGAUACUGCACCAAGCUCUCGGAGGUGUUCGAGCAGGAGAUAGAUCCUGUCAUGCAGGCCCUCGGAUACUGCUGCGGUCGGAAAUACACGUUCAACCCGCAGGUGCUCUGCUGUUACGGCAAGCAGUUGUGCACGAUACCCAGGGAUGCCAAGUAUUAUUCGUACCAGAACAGUCUAAAGGCAUAUGGUCUUAUUUCCGACAGAUACACCUUCUGUCAGAAAUGUUUCAACGACAUUCCUGGUGAUACAGUGACGUUGGGAGAUGAUCCGACACAACCUCAAACUGCCAUCAAGAAAGAACAGUUCCAGGAGAUGAAGAAUGAUCACUUGGAAUUGGAACCUUUUGUUACCUGUACGGACUGCGGUAGGAGAGUACAUCAAAUAUGUGUACUUCAUAUGGAAACAAUCUGGCCAUUAGGAUUUACCUGUGAUAAUUGCUUAAAGAAGAAGGGUCAGAAACGCAAAGAGAAUAAGUUUAACGCCAAACGAUUGCCCAUUACAAAACUCGGCACUUACAUCGAGACGCGCGUGAAUAACUUCCUUAAGAAGAAAGAAGCCGGUGCCGGGGAGGUCGCGAUCAGAGUGGUCGCGUCCAGUGAUAAAGUGGUCGAGGUUAAACCUGGCAUGCGUAGCAGAUUUGUCGAAAACGGUGACAUGCCCGGCGAGUUUCCCUAUCGCGCCAAGGCGCUGUUCGCAUUUGAGGAAGUCGACGGCACGGAUGUGUGUUUUUUCGGUAUGCACGUGCAAGAAUACGGAAGCGAAUGCACGCCGCCGAACACUAGACGAGUUUACAUCGCGUAUUUGGACUCUGUACACUUCUUCCGGCCUAGACAGUUUCGUACAGCUGUGUACCAUGAGAUUCUCCUCGGAUAUCUGGACUACGCGAAGCAGCUUGGAUACACUAUGGCGCACAUUUGGGCAUGUCCACCUUCCGAAGGGGACGAUUAUAUCUUCCACUGCCAUCCCCAAGAACAGAAAAUACCAAAGCCUAAAAGAUUGCAGGAGUGGUAUAAGAAAAUGUUGGACAAGGGAAUGGUCGAGAGGAUCGUGCUCGACUACAAGGACAUCUUAAAACAAGCCAUGGAGGACAGGCUUUCGUCGGCAGCGGAUUUGCCGUACUUCGAGGGUGACUUCUGGCCGAAUGUGCUGGAAGAGAGUAUUAAAGAACUAGAUCAGGAAGAGGAAGAAAAGCGGAAACAAGCUGAAGCGGCGGAAGCCGCCGCUGCGGCGGCGAACGCGAUAUUUUCACUGUCCGAGGACUCUGAAACUCCGGACGGUAAGAAGAAGGGUCAAAAGAAGGCAAAGAAAUCCAACAAAUCCAAGGCGAAUCAAAGGAAGAACAGCAAAAAAUCGAACACUCCUCAGACUGGCAAUGAUCUCUCCGCAAAGAUCUUUGCGACCAUGGAGAAACACAAAGAAGUAUUUUUCGUUAUCAGGUUGCAUAGCGCCCAAAGUGCAGCCAGCUUGGCACCAAUCCAAGAUCCCGACCCCGUAAUUAAUUGUGAUUUGAUGGACGGCCGAGACGCCUUUCUUACUAUGGCGAGGGAAAGGCACUACGAGUUCUCAUCUCUGAGGAGAGCAAAGUUCAGUUCCAUGUCGAUGUUGUACGAGUUGCAUAAUCAAGGUCAAGACAAAUUCGUUUAUACCUGCAACAACUGUAAGAGUCACGUGGAGACUAGAUACCAUUGUACAGUUUGCGACGACUUUGACUUAUGCGUUAGUUGUAAAGACAAAGAUGGUCAUCCGCAUCCUAUGGAGAAACUCGGUUUUGACUUGGAUGACGGUUCAUCGCCGGCCGAUGCCAAACAGACAAACCCACAGGAAGCUCGGAAACUGUCGAUACAGAGGUGCAUUCAGUCAUUGGUGCAUGGUUGCCAGUGCAGAGACGCUAAUUGCCGUCUGCCAAGCUGCCAGAGGAUGAAGAGAGUAGUGAUGCACACGAAGAAUUGCAAGAGGAAGACGAACGGUGGAUGCCCGAUAUGCAAGCAAUUGAUAGCGCUCUGCUGUUACCACGCGAAACACUGCCAAGAGACUAAGUGUCUUGUUCCGUUCUGCUCCAACAUCAAACACAAGAUUAAGCAGCAACAGCUCCAGCAACGGUUACAACAGGCGCAAUUACUCAGGAGGCGAAUGGCUGUGAUGAACACGAGGCCGACCGGACCCAUGACCGCGAUGCAGGCCGGCCAACAGACCUCAAACGUCGCCAUGGCAACCGGGGUCGCUAUGAAACCCGGUGUCAGCGCUACGAACUUACCAUCUCCGCAUCAGCCAGGCAUUGGCCUGAAGCCUGGCACACAAACGCCACCCGCUCACGUGCUGCAGGUGGUUAAGCAAGUGCAAGAGGAAGCUGCGAGGCAACAAGUACCACAUGUCAACUACGGCAAAGUUGCACCGACCAGUGCAGUCGGAGUAGGUGUCGGUGUGGGCGGACAAGCCGGCGGUGUGAUGCCUCCGCCACAGAUGCAGCGACCGAUGCCAGUCCAGAUGGCGAAUCCUGGCGGCACGCAUCUCAUUCCGAUGGAUCAGUGGACGGCGAGUAGGUACCAACCGAACGCAGUGAUGCAACAAAGCCCCGGCAUACGGCAACAAAAUCCGCAACAGCUGAUGCAGCAGCAGCAGCAGCAGCAACAACAGCAUCAAGCUCAGCCGGGAAUGGGAAUGAGCGCACAAAUGCCACGUCAGCAGGGCGUGAUCGGACCAGUCGGACAGGUCGGACCACAGACUACACCCAUUUUGCAUAAGCACGCGUUGCAACAGCUGAUGCAGACUCUCAGAAGCCCGCACACGCCAGAGCAGCAGAACCAAAUACUGCAAAUACUCAAGAGCAAUCCGCCGCUGAUGGCCGCCUUCAUCAAGCAACGGGCGAAUGUUCAUCAGCAACAACCUGGUCAACAUGGCGGGGGAGUCGGCGGCCCGUUGGGUCCUAAUCAACCCCAACAGCAACAACCUGGUUUGCAGCAUAUGAUGUCCCAACAGCAGCAGCAGCAGCAGCAGCAACAACAACAACAGCAGCAGCAGCAGCAACAACAACAACAGCAGCAGCAGCAGCAGCAGCAACAACAACAGGGCAGACUGCAAAUGCAGGCGAUGCUGACGCAACAACAGCAGUCCGUGCAGCCUCAGACACAGUGGUACAAGCAGCAGAUGAUGGUGAUGCAACAGAGGCAGGCUCAACAGCAGGCUCAACAACAGGCUCAACAACAGCAGCAACAACAGCAGCAGCAGCAGCAGCAACAGCAGCAGCCGUUCACUCAACCACCGGCGCCGCCGUACGGUCAGCAACGGCCCAUAAGGCCGUCUCUUCUCGGUAAUCAUACGAUCUAUCGUUGUACCAUAGAAAACGAGGCACGCAAGGCCAACGGACCCAUGAUGAACAACACUAUGGGCUAUUUCGCGAAUUCAUCCCCAGGUUACGGUGGUUUCAACGAGCAAGGUUACGGUCAGCCGGGCCUGAAACCGACUCCGCCACCCGUACCGUCACCACAGGGUGUGAUGGGGCCGCCGGGGAUCUCCGUGCAGCAACAGCUGAUGCAAUCGGUCCGUUCUCCGCCGCCCAAUCGAUCUCCCCAGCCCAACCCCUCGCCGCGACCAGUCCCCUCACCCCGUAAUCAGCCGGUACCCUCGCCGCGUUCCGGACCGGUGCCAUCGCCGCACCAUCAUCCUCCGCACGGCACACCUACCCAUUCGCCCGCUCACGAGCUCGGCGGUCCAAGCGAGAUGAUGCUCUCGCAACUCAGUGGCGCAGCCGGGGCGCCUGCCGGUCAUCCCGCCACCAUGCCUCAUCAUCCAUCACCGGCACCGGCGCCCUCGGCAAGCGGCACGGACUCCAGUGAGGUGACGCCGAUGACGCCACAAGACCAACUCUCCAAGUUCGUCGAGGGGUUGUAGUGACUGUUAGUGAUGGCGUCAGUCGAUGUAAGUGAAGACUCUCUUACGGCGCAUCCACGGGCGACGCGUAUCGUUCUCCGCUUCGCGUGUUAAACGCGAAACGUUAAACGCGGAACAGGUCCAUAGGUACGGUCAAGUCCCCGUCACUCCUUUGCGCGCCCGCGCCCGCGCGAUAUAUACAGAGGGAGAGGAAGAAAGAAAGAACGCGAGAGACACCAACCACGUGCUCCGCGCUUUCGUCGAGUGUCCGGGCACGGUCUGGUUGAACCCCAGACGUGCGUCGCACUGUCCACGGGCCGAUUCCAAAGAGCGCGACCUAGACACUCGUAAUCGCGUUUCGCGAACCUUCUCUUCUCGAAUGUUCUCUACGCGAAAUAUAUAUCCCAGAUCGUAAGUGGGAUAUAGGGACAACGCCACGUUGGUGCUGCUACGAUGCUACGGCCCGGCUCAAAUAGACUCCAAGUGACGAGUCGUUUCGUCGUUCGUUCGGUCGGUCUCAUUGAGCGAGAGGGGAAAAGCCGGGUAGAGCGACGAAAAAUAAUUCAAGACUAAAGACAAAAUCGAGAGACUACUAUUAAGUUUCCCUCGUAACCCUCCGAAACACUCCUCCUUCCCAGUCACCAACCACCACAAACUACCACCAUCACCAUCAC